CGGGUUCAGGCGUCCCCAAACCACCGCCUCCCGUGCUCAGCUCCCUGCAACCACGCCGGCCGAAAUGCCCCGCCGCCUCGCGACGACCUACUCCGGCCGCAUCGCCGCCGCGACGCCGUCCCCCUCGGGCCCCUCCCUCACCGUCACCGUCUCCCCGGCGCCGCCGCCCACCCCGGUAGACACGCGCGGCUUCCCGCUCCCGCGCCGCCACCUCGUCUGCGCCGUCGCCCGCAUCCUCCGCUCCACGUCCUCCCCCUCCCCGCUGCUCGACCUUGCCGACUACCUCGGCUCCCUCCGCCUCACCAUCACCGCCGACGAGGCCUCCGAGGUCAUCAAGGCGGUCGCCCCCGACACCGCCCUCGCGCUCGGCUUCUUCCGCUUCGCCGCCACCUCCAUCCCGGGGUUCCGGCACGAUGCCUUCUCCUACAACCGCAUCCUGUCCCUCCUCUUCCGCAGCCGCGCCGGCCCCGCCGAGGCCGUGCGGCUCGUCGCGGAGAUGGAGCGGGACGGCGUGCCCGGCAACAUCUCCACCGUGAAUUUGCUGGUCGGGAUGGGCGUGGAGGUGGGCAGGUGCCUGGAGCUGGCGAAGAAGUGGGGGCUGAGGCUGAACGGGUACACCUACAAGUGCAUUGUGCAGGCGCACUUGAGGAGCAGGGAGGUGUCGAAGGGGUUCGAGAUUUAUGAGAAGAUGCGGAGGAAGGGAUACAAGCUGGACAUUUUUGCAUACAACAUGCUGCUUGAUGCCCUUGCCAAGGCUGGAAUGGUUGACCAAGCUUAUCAAGUCUUCCAAGAUAUGAAACAAAACCACUGUGAGCUUGAUGCAUAUACAUACACUAUACUAAUUAGAAUGUCUGGAAAGGCUGGGAACACCACUAAAUUUCUCUCACUUUUGGAGGAAAUGGUGUCCAAAGGAUGUAUUCUUAACCUGAUUGCUUAUAAUACUGUUAUUGAGGCUCUUGGUAAGAACAAGAUGGUUGACAAGGUGAUUUUUAUGCUUUCUAAAAUGAUUGAGAGUGGCUGCCAGCCCAAUGAAUUCACAUAUAGCGUUGUUAUCCUGGAUGUUUUAGCAACAGGAGGACACCUGCACAGGCUGAAUGAGGUUCUAGAUAUCUGUAGUGGACAUCUGAACAGAUCGGUUUAUUCUUUUUUGGUCAAGUCACUCUGCAAAUCUGGGCAUGCAAGUGAGGCUCAUAUUGUGUUCUGUCGUAUGUGGAGUUCCUAUGAAAAAGGAGACCGGGGUGCUUUUGUAUCAAUGCUUGAGGCACUAUGCAAUGCAGAAAAAACAGCAGAGGCUAUUGAUCUACUACAUAUGAUGCCUGAAAAGGGGAUUGCUACAGAUGUUGAAAUGUACAAUAUGGUCUUUUCUGCCCUUGGGAAGCUCAAGCAGGUAUCUUUCAUAAGCAAUCUCUACGAUAUGAUGAAAGCCAAUGGGGUUGUUCCUGAUGUUUUCACAUACAAUAUUAUGAUCUCAAGUGUUGGUAGAGUUGGCUUAGUUGAUAAGGUGCGUGAACUUUUUGAAGAAAUGCAGGCUAGCAGUUGUAAGCCUGAUGUCAUCACCUACAAUUCUCUCAUAAACUGCCUUGGUAAAAAUGGAGAUCUGGAUGAAGCCCACAUGCUUUUCAAAGAGAUGCUAGAGAAAGGAUAUAAUCCUGAUGUCUUUACUUACAGCAUAUUAAUUGAGUGCUUUGGUAAAUCCAAUAAGGUUGAUAUGGCAUGCAGUUUGUUUGAUGAGAUGAUUGCUGAGGGGUGUGUUCCUAAUAUUGUAACCUAUAACAUUUUACUUGACUAUUUGGAGAGACGUGGGAAGACAGCAGAAGCUCAUAAACUUUAUGAAACUCUGAAGCAACAGGGGUUGACUCCUGACUCAAUAACUUACUCAGUACUUGAGCGAUUAGAAAGUAGAUCUCAACAGACAGCAAGAAUACGUAAGCCAAGUCGGAGUACAGGUUGGGUUGUAAGUCCAGUAUGAUGGCCUACCCUAGUUCCUUUGGUUGCAUAACUCCUAUGAGGUGGAGCUGAGGAUACAUAAUCUGUGUGCAAUGUUACAAGUGUAUUGCAGUUAAAUAAUAUCUCCAAAUGAUUGCUCAAUCACCACGGAACAAAUUAGUAGUCCCAACUCAUCAGAAUGAUAAGUAUCAAGAGUAUUGCAUGGCUGCUGAUAUAUCAGUUCUGAACAAUUCAUAGAUGAUGGACAUGUUGAGAAGAGGUAAGAACAUUUAUACCUUGUCAUCUUAUCAGAAGUAUAUUCAUUAUGUGAGGAUGUAUCUUGUAAAACACAAACUUAAUACCUACAUUCAUAGUUAUUAAAACCAGACCUUUUUCGCAGCAGUCCAAGUGGUUGGCUCACUUUCGGGAUUUCAGGGGAAUUUUGGAAAAAGAUUAAUAAAGAAUUUAAUUUAAUUUAAAAAAGUUCUUUUUAUUUCAGUCAGCAGUUUAGCCUGAAUAAAUGGACCGAAAUCCAGCCCAUUCUGGUGUAGCUUUUGGAUCACUUUUGUGCAUCUAAAAAACUAAGAUUGGUGGCUCACAGAUGCAAGGAUGCGUGCACUGCAGGGGAAUUAUGAAGAAGACAAGAUGUCAUUCUUUUUUCUCUUUUGUGCACCGUUGUUGCAGCCUGGCAGUUCCUUUUGUUUUGUGUAAUGUACAUAGAAGAAUACCUGAGCUAUUCCUGUUUAAACGAAACAUAAAUCUCUCCUUAAAAUCUAUCAAUAACAAGCUUCUUAAAUCUAUCAAUAACAAGCAUUAGCAUAGUUAAGUACUUUUCUUUAAUCUUUUGAUCCAUACAGUUAUACAAUAGUUUAGGUAAAAUUUUACCUUGAAUCAUGAAAAGGAACUGUCAUGAGCAAGCAUUUUUUUGAGAACACUAUUCCAUAUGCUCUCAUAUGAUUUGAUCUCAAGUAGUGUGUUACGAGGAAUGAUUUUGCAUCAAUGGACCACUUGUUCGAUUACCCAGUAUGGAAGUUUCUAUUAAUGUGACGAAGUGCCACUGUCUAUGAAAGUGAUAUUACAUGAACCUCCUAAUUCAUUGUACAACUUGUGAGAAGAAAUUUUCAUUGCAAUAGGAUAAGAUAUGGAUGAAUUUUCUGUGGAUAUGAUCUGUUGCUGUCAACACUUCGGAGCAAAUAAUAAUACCAGAAUAUGCUUCAAAUUGUUAGGCAAUCUGGGCAUCUGGGAUUAUGUGAAGUGUGAAUACUUUUUAAUUUUGAACCAAUGUCUAUUCUUAGCUGAAAAACUGUACAUUUUGGAUCCUUACAGGAAGUUUAAUAACUAGCUUUUCACACCUUAAAAUUCAAAUAUUUGUUUUUAGUUAGAACUAUUGGUAAACUUUUCUGUAGCAUUCUCAUGAUAUAGUAAUAAUAGUCACUAGUUAUCAUAUAUCUGGUUCAAUGGUUAACUGUAACUAGUACCUGUACAUGAACAGCCUCUAGUCUCCCAGCUAAAUGGAUCAGCUGAUUCAUGGUGAGGUCCCUUACAGAGUACUUUAGUUAUCAGGAAGAUUGAAAUUACAUUUCAUGUUGACCAUAAAUGGUAGCCAUGCUCAGAAUUCAGAAAUCUUUCUUUUGCACAUUUUGUUACACUGGUGUCUGGUGGUGUAGCAUUAGCUUUACUUGGGGGAUUCAGUAAGACAUGGGUGUGAGUGGGGUCAGCAUUAGGGAAGCAGCCUAAACCAUGUAACCAGUGGGGCUCAAACAGUCUAACUCGUUGAUUUGCGGGGUGGGUUGGUUUAUCUUCUAAAGCUGCCCAAAACCAUGCUUGAACAGGGCUAUUCGUGAGCAAUGCCCUGACUAAUGGAAGAAUGACUAUCAUAGUUCAUCUCCGUGUCAUCUCCAUAUAUUAUGUUCAUUAUACUUAGACCACCCCCUCUAGCCACUCCGACCCUAAAACCCAGGUGUUAGUGGGGGAGAGGGGGGGCUUUAUCACUGGACCAACAUUCCCCCUACGGCGAGCGAGCCGCGCCGCUGAAAGCAUCUAGGCCCCUAAUUCGAGUUUUGGUAAUUCAUGACAACGGUUUGUGGAUUAACGAUUUCAUUUGAGAUAAUGAGUAUAGGUUGAUCCACGGAUGAAAGAGAUUUGGUUGUGAACGUGUGGAGUUUUGGAGAUGAUGAGCAAAGCUUGGGCUCAAGGCAAAGGUAUAAAAUAGGGGUUUUGUAUUUUACCGGUCACAAGGUGUUUAGAGGAUGAAAAGUGACCGGAUUUGUUGGAUAGAUAGCCGUACUAUCAAGAGGGGUCGAGUACUCGUGCUUGACGGGUCCUUAGUGCCAUUUUGCUCAAAAUGUCUAGUUGCAUGCAUGAGGGCUAACGGCGUUUUGAAAAGAUUUGAAAAAGACUAAGUUUGAGAGCUGACUGAGUAACGGCGGACAGUCCGUACCCGAGGGGCGGACAGUCCGCGCCCGUUCCAGAGAGCUUGCAGAGGCUCUGGUGGGCUGGCGGACAGUCCGAGUCAGGUGGGCGGACGGUCCGCCACUACACAACAACAACAUAGUCUUUUGUCCCAAGUGAGCUGGGGUAGGCUAGAGAUGAAACCCAAAAGACACAAAGGUCACGGUUCAGGCACGCUGAUAGCUAGUCUCCAAGCGCUCCUAUCCAAAGCUACCUCUUCAGAGAUAUUCCAAUCCUUAAGGUCUCUCUUAACCGACUCGUCCCAAGUCAGUUUAGGUCUACCUCUACCCCUCUUUAUCUUAUCGACACGCUUUAGAACCCCACUACGCACCGACGCCCUGAGGCCUUCGUUGGAUAUGUCCAAACCAUCUCAACCGAUGUUGGUUAAGUUUCUCCUCAAUUGGCUCCGUUGGACGGUCCGCCACUAUAUUUCAAAAAUGAACCAGAGAGGGUGUCUCUCUGGUGGGCUUCCAAGUUGAACGGUAGACAGUCCACCCAUGGGGCGCGGACGGUCCGCCGGCUAAUCUUAGAUUUGUACCAGAGAGGUUGUUUCUCUGGUUUGGGCUGAAAAUUGAACUGCGGACGGUCCGCCCUUGGGGCGCGGACGGUCCGCAAGCUAAUUCGAAUUUGUACCAGAGAGCAUGUUUGUCUCUGGUGAGUCAGAUCUCUAACUGCGGACGGUCCGCCCCUGGGGCGCGGACGGUCCGUAGGGGUUUAACGGCUAGUUCUGACACGCAUUAAAUGCACUCUGACUCACUGGUUUAUAACGGCGGACAGUCCGGUUUUUGAAAUGCGGACGGUCCGCGACUUCGCAGAAAAGAGUGUAACGGCUAGUUUUUGGAGGGAUAUCUAUAUAUACCCAUUGCCCGGCCUUUGGGUGUCUCUCUUGGCCAUUUGGACUGCAUACUUGACAUCAUAGAGCUAAGACAUCCCUCUCUCACACACUUGCUUAGAAAUUGCAUUCUUGAGGGUGUGAGGGCUUCCUAGUGCAUUGCAUCAAGAGUUUGAGCUUUGUGGCACUAGAGAAAUUUCAAGCAAGCGUCAUCGACUUGUUAGUCUUGGGAGUUGCCGCUCCCUAGACGGCUUGGAGAAGAGGAUUUUGUGGAGCUCCUCCAAGAAGAUUGUUGAGGAGCCCCGAUUUCGGUUGUGAGAGGUCUUGUGCUCACCUCACCGGAGUGGUGAAGAGCAACUCUAGUGGAAUCGAGGUGUGGAGCGGUUCCUUGAUUCAAGCCUGCUCAAGAUCAAGAGGUUCUUGAUAGAGGAGCGGUUGAUUCUUGGAAUCCACCUCAACGUGGAUUAGGGGUGACCGGCAAGUCAUCGACACCACGGGAUAAAUUCUUGUGUCAAGCUUGGUUAUUUCUCUUGCUCACUUCAAUUCUUGUUUUUACUUUUAGCAAUUUACCUUACUAGAGCUUGAUUUGUAUUUUGUCACCCUAGGUUGUAAAACCAUCUAGAGAUAGUAGUAGUAUGACAUAGGGCUUUCCUUUGUUACUAAUUAAAUUUCUCUAGUGUUGUUGGUUUUAGAUUUUAAACCGCCUAUUCACCCCCCCUCUAGUCGGUGUUCUUGAUCCUACAGCCGCGCCUGUGGCUGCUGGUCUCAGCGAACCCCGCAGGGGAAAUCGCGCAGCGGAAGUAAUGCGUGGCCGGUGGGUUUCGAACCCGGGACCUGGCUCUGAUACCAACUUAGACCACCCCCUCUAGCCACUCCGACCCUAAAACCCAGGUGUUAGAGUGGGGGAGAGGGGGGGCUUUAUCACUGGACCAACAAUUAUU